AUGUAUUGCAUGAUGGAUUAUGAAUUUAUUCAUCGUGAUUUGUUUGAUGAUUAUGAAGAACGACGUGUUUGGUGUGUACUUCGUUAUUCUCAAUCAAUUGAAACAUAUACUACAAUUGUUCAAUAUUAUCAUUUUAUUGCUCCGUUUUUAGUGAAUUUAAUUUCAGCUGUUUCUAUUAUUGUAUAUAUAACUCGUCUAAAAACGAUUAUUCGAUCUCAAUUUAGUUAUCAACAACAAUUACUCGAUCAAAUCAAUUAUUACAAACAACUUGUUAUCAGUCCUAUUAUAUUAGUUAUUCUAUUAUUUCCUCGCUUUCUUAUUUCAUUAUUAUCAACAUGUAUUAAAUCAUCUCGAAAUUCUUGGUUAUAUCUUUGUGGUUAUUUUUUUUCGUUCAUUCCAUCAUCUUUUUUGUCUUUAUAA